ACGCAUUAACCUAAUUUAAUUUGUCUUGAGUCAGGUCACUGGUAUCCUUCUAUCACAAUAAAACUACAAUUCCAUACAUGCCAGGCUGUACACGUCAUAACCAAUUGCAAGAACCAACUUCCUGGUGGUAGGGUGCCGGAUCAGCGUGGGAUAAAAAUAGAAAUCUCUGUUAAGUGAGUUUGGGAUUGGAGUUGCUGUUGGCGAUCAGGAUGAUUGACGUGCGGGCGUGGGRGGAGUACCUGGUGGAAUGGGCGGCCAAGGACCCGUACGGCUUUCUGACCACUGUCAUCCUGGCGCUUACACCCCUCUUCAUCGCCAGCGCCCUGUUGUCGUGGAAACUGGCCAAGAUGAUUGAAGUGCGCGACCGCGAACAGAAGAAGAAGCAGAAACGUCAGGAGAAUAUCGCCAAGGCCAAGAGGACCAAGAAAGACUGAGCUGUGGAGGGAGAAAGAAGAGCUACAGUACACAGCUAUGCUCAACACUCUCUUCACUUGCAACACCGCUCCCCCUCGCCUCCUAAACCCAGUCCAGUGCAGGACCACAGACCAUCAUUCCUGUCCAGUGUAGGAAGGAUUGUAGGCCCUAAAUGGUGGCCUUACAGAGCUGAGAGGGAACUGUAUAGACAGAGGAGGCUCAUUUGAUUUGAGCUAUCAGCGCGUAAACCUGGAUUGUCUGAUUAUGCUGGUGUUGCUGUACUUAGCAUUCCAUUUGUAACAAUUCCACUCCAAUGAUUUCAUAAACGACUUUGUUUUUCUCUAUUUUAAAUGACUUGUUAAAUUUCUGAAUCACUUGCUUGUUUUUAUUAAAUUAAGUUCUAAAUAUAA